CUUGAACUUUUUUGACCCCAAUAUGGCUGGGAUGGAGGAGCCGAUUCCCCUCAGCAACCUGAAUCAGACGAAUGCUCUCGACUCCAACGAGGAACCGGCGCAAAUCUUCCACGAGGCUGAGCGAUGGAAUCAUCCUCGCUCCAAUGUCUUCAAGACCCUCGCCACCUUUUGGAGUUUCCUGGUCAUGGGAAUGAAUGAUGCCGCCUACGGGCCUCUUAUUCCCUAUCUGGAAAGCUACUACCGCCUCUCCUACACUGUGGUGUCGCUCGUAUUCUUCUCACCGCUAGUCGGCUACACCGCGGCUGCCUUUCUGAACAGCCGAAUUCACAACAAAUUAGGCCGUCGAGGCGUGGCCGUGUUGACGCCGAGUUGCCAUGUGAUCGCGUAUAUCGUCAAUUGCUGUCACCCACCGUAUCCGGUCCUGGUCGUCUCGUUUAUCUUCGCAGGCUUCGGAAAUGGACUUGGGGAUGCCUCGUGGAAUGCCUGGAUAGGUAACAUGGCCGACUCUAACCAGAUUCUGGGGCUUCUGCACGGGCUCUACGGUGUUGGAGGUGUGAUCAGCCCUCUGAUCGCAACGUCGUUGAUCACGAAGGCCCAUCUUCCGUGGUACUAUUACUACUAUAUUCUGAUCGCCUGCGCGGCCACUGAACUGGCCGUCUGUGCCUCAGCCUUCUGGGAUGCAUCAGCAGAACGAGACAAAGCGAGAGAGCCACAGUCAGAUGAUGACAACAAGGCGGGGCUUCGUGAAGUGCUGUUCAAGAAGUCUUAUGCGCGGGUUACCUGGAUCUGUGCCAUCUUCCUGCUGGGAUAUGUCGGCAUUGAAGUCGCUCUGGGCGGCUGGAUAGUGACAUUCAUGAUCCAGGUCCGCCAUGGUCAGUCCUUCGCAAGUGGGAUGACAGCUACCGGGUUCUGGCUGGGAAUCACUGUCGGGCGCAUGGCGCUCGGAUUUAUCACCCCGCGCAUUGGCGAGAAGUUGGCAAUCAUAGUAUACUCCUGCUGUGCUAUCGCUGCAGGCCUUGUCCUCUGGUUGGUCCCGAACUUCUACUCGUCCGCAGUGGCCGUGUCUCUGCAAGGGUUCUUCCUGGGACCGUUCUUCCCGGCCGCGGUAGUGGUGGCAACCAAGCUCCUCCCUCGCCAUCUUCACAUCAGUGCCAUUGGGUUCGCUGCCGCAUUUGGCGGCGGAGGGGCUGCUAUUCUGCCGUUCGCUGUGGGUGCUAUUGCGCAGGCACGCGGAGUCAAAGUGUUGCAGCCCUUCAUCAUCGGACUCUCUGGAGGAAUCUUGCUGCUGUGGCUGGGCUUGCCCAGGAUGCCAAAGAAGAAUCAGGCUUGAGGAGCACGGAGCUACAAUCAAGAUAUAUCACUACGUAUAACAGUUGGGUCCAAGUAAAUAAGAAUGCAGUAGAUAUCAGCCUGGUGGUAUGGAUGUGGAGGCAGACCAAUCUAAUGGGGUAGAGCCACUUGGUGUGUGUAUAUAUGCAUAUAAAGUAGCAAUGUUUUGUG